AUGCAACAACAACAACUUCGAGAGAUAGCUUCUCCUCCCCCUCUUGUCUCUUCUCCAUAUCAAGAUCCACAACUAUCUUCCGCUGUCUCUCCAACCAAUUCUCCUCCAAACAUUUCAACAAUCUCACUAAAUACAAAAUCUUCGGCGUCAUCAAAUAAUACAAAAGCUACUUCUACAUCAAUUACAAAGAAUAAUACAAAUUCUUCCACAUCAAUAAUACCAGCUACCUGGGUGCUCAAAAAACUCAAGCUGCUUUUGUUAAUAAGCUUUAUACGCAAAAUGGUAGAAGAUCCAUCAAUUCAACAUUUAAUUUCAUGGGCACCUUCUGGUGAUGUGUUUAGUGUGUCCAAUCCAACAGAAUUUUCAAAAUUAGUGUUACCUCAAUAUUUUAAACAUAAUAAUUGGCAGAGUUUUGUAAGGCAAUUGAAUAUGUAUGGAUUUCAUAAAGUAAAUGAUAUGUUUCACGCAAAUCCAUCAAGUGAAAGUCAAGCAUGGGAAUUUAAGCAUCAAGAUUUUCGUAGAGGCCAACCAGCAGCCUUACAAUUAAUUAAACGUAAAAGUUCAAAACACUCUACAAAUAGUUUACGUGAUGAUAGAAUUGAAUAUUUAACUAAUCAGAUGAAGGAAUUGAAGGAAAAAACAAGACAGAUAACCGAAAAUUAUAAAGUUUUAUAUGACGAAUCUUUAUCUUUUAGAAUGUUACAAAUAUCAAUGGCUAAAGAAGAUGAUCCACGUAGAAAAUUUGAAGUUGAUUUUUUACAAGCUGAAGUUGCAAAGUUAGCUCAAGUUGAUCCUCCAUCUCAUUCUUCUUCAAUGAUACCACAUUAUACACAUCCUUACACGCCACAAAGAACAUUAUCAACUCCUCAACCUAUGAUCGGUGUAGAAUCUGCAGCGCCUCCACCGCCAUCACAACAACAACCUUCAGAAAUGGAUUAUCGUAUGACUCAACAACAGCAACAACAAUCUUCAUCCUCCUCAUCACCAUACCCAUCUCAACACGGUCGCACUCCAAAAAUUAAUCCUCCAAGUGCUUUAGCUAAAUUGCCCGAAUUUCCUUUUGCUCCUUCACCUGACAGUGGUACAAAUGCUAGAAGAUCAUCACAACCAAGUUUUGGGAUAAUAAAUAAGUCAUCAUCUUCAUUACCGUCUUCACAAACACGUCCUCCGCCAUUACCUGAUCCGCCAGAUAAUAGUGAUGGAUCGUCAAUGGAAUAUAAGAGAAGGAAAAGAAGCUAA